CAGCCUUUGCCCCAUGCGAAGAGAAACGUUAGCACUUGUGCUCGUGCCGUCGUUGUCGUUGUCGCUGCCAUCGCAGUCGCUGUCGUCGCAGUCGUCGCUCGUCGAUUGUCGAUUGUCUCGGUCGUUGUCGUCGAGGAUUUUGGGUUUUGGCUAUCAGAGCGCGCACACACACACGUAUACAACUACAAUAUACAAAAAAAAAAUAGAGCCAAGAAGAAAAUCACACACACGUAUACAAAAAAAGCGCAGCAGUGAAAAUGAAAUGGCAAUAAUGUGGUAAAAAGAAAAUAUACAAAAAAAUAUGGCAAGUGUUUUGUUAAAAAGCCGUGGAAAAGCAGCAGCAACAAUGUGAAUCUAACGAAAUAUGCAAAUCAAAAGGCCAACGAAAAUAACAAAUCAAAGCUCGGCGCAAAGGAAUAAAAGGAGAAGCAGCAGCAAUUAUUUCAAAAUUAUUUCAAAGGCAAAAGCACUCGAUAAAAAGUUAUUAGCAAAAACAUAAAUACGUAACUUGCUCUCACACUUACUCUCGCUCUCGUUCUUGUGCUCGUUGUCUCCCUCCCUCUCUCUCGCUCGCUUGCUCUCUCUGUCCGUGGAGAGCGCAGAAAAGGGGCGCCCAACACUAACGCCAACGCGCCUACCCUACACUAAGUGCUCUGUGUGCUGGGUGUGUGUGUGUGUGUGUAGGAGUGAGAGUGGGAGUGUGAGCUGAGGCUGAGCUGAGAGUGGGAGAGGCAAAACGAGACGGACGGAUAGGCAGACAGACGGACAGAACGAGAGAGCAAAAGGGACGUAGGUAGAUAGGUCAGUGGCUGAGGCUGUGGGCAGCCUAGCAUCAGCAGCCAAAGCAGCUGUGGCAGCGACGCCAACGCCAAACAACAUCAACAGUAACUUCAAAAGGGCAGCAUGUCCUGCACCGUGUCAGAGCUGCCCAGCGGCUGUCGUUUGCGCGGCAUGACUGCCAACUCGUCUUCAAAUAACGGCAAUGGCAAUGGCGAUAGUGCUGGCUCCGUUAGCGCUCUGAGCUCAACAGCUGGUGGGGGCGGAGGGGGAGGUGGAGUCGUUGGUGUUAGUGGCACAGGAUCGGGCAACACAACGUUACCGGUUAGCGGUAGCGCCACAUCGAAUGUGUUGCAGGAAUCAAAUGCGCCUCUGCAGCGACCGCAAUCACAGAAGCCAUGCUGCUUUUGUUGGUGUUGUUGUUGUUCCUGCUCCUGGGCUAAGUGUCUUGCCAUAAAGAACGCUGAUGAAAAUGCGCCCACCAAACGUGAUCUCGUUAGCGCCGAAUUCCUAGAUGGCGAUCAACCCACAUUAGAAGAAAUACGUAGUUGGGGCAAAAGCUUUGACAAGCUAAUGAAGAAUUCAACUGGUCGCAAAGUAUUUCGCGACUUUCUGCGUAGCGAAUUCAGUGAGGAGAACAUAUUGUUUUGGCUUGCCUGCGAGGAUCUGAAGAAGGAGAACAGUGCCGAAGUCGUGGAGGAGAAGGCGCGACUGAUAUACGAGGAUUAUAUAUCGAUACUGUCGCCACGCGAAGUGUCGCUGGACUCACGAGUGCGCGAAAUUGUUAAUCGCAACAUGAUCGAGCCGACGACUCACACCUUCGACGAAGCUCAAAUUCAGAUCUACACGCUGAUGCACAGAGACUCAUAUCCCAGAUUCCUAAACUCGCAAAAGUUCAAGACACUCGCUCAAAUGCAAGACAAUUCGAAUGCCGGCUCCAAAGCGGAUAGCCCCACUUAGAUGUUAUGUUAUGUAAUGUGCUGUGUUGAUUCUGUUGUUGUUUUCUCGUUUAACUUUAGUAUUCUUUGGUUGUCCUGAAAUGGUGGCAAUAACUGUUUGCUGCUGCUGCCACUGCCACAAAAAGCGCCGCUGCUGCAGUUAACAAAGCAAUAUGUCAUACCAACUAAAUAGAUCUAUUCCAUUUGGCGUGUGCAGUACCAAAAAAAAAAAAACAAAAUAAAAAACAAAAAUGAAAAAGAGAACAUAACCAACGACAGCAGGAUCGCAAUUUGUGGAGUGACAGAAGCAGCAGAAAUCGCAACCAGCAGAGGAUCCUUUCUUAAGGACGCAACCAACAAUUUAGACGAUAUGAUAUAUACACACAUAUAUAUUGCAUUAUGUGAAACCGAUUCCUUCUUUACAAUGUUCUAGUCGUUAACAAACCAAACAAAACUAGGCAAUUUAUAAAAUUAGUUGUUAACAAUACAAAACAAAACAAACAAAAGAAAGUGUGAGAGAAAAGUUUUAGCGCAAUGUGCUAUGCAGAAUUGGGUGGAUCUAGUUGAUAAUACAAAUAUUACAGAACCGCAUUUCUAGGGACUCUAAAGUUUAUAUUGUAUGGAGCAUUAUCCGAACUGCAAAGCCCCCCCCAAAAAAAAACAUACAAAAAACCAAAUAACAAAAAUAAAUGUGGUGCGAGAAGCGAAACAAUUAGCAUACAUUGUAAUAAUUGUUAUUACUAAGACGUAUUAAUCAAAUUGAAUGAAAGAAAAACCAACUUUAAAAACGCAAAUACUUUUUCCAAAAACAAAUUUAAAAAUACAAAAAAAAAAAAAACAAAAACCAAUAUAAAAUGAAAGCAAAAAAAAAAAGAAA